GACUCCAAACACAGUCGGACACGGUGCCGGUGUUACAGUCAGGUCGGUCCGGGCUCGGAAGUGGGUGAAAGGUCCGUCAGGUAGGACACAUCUCCAACUGUGCGACAGACCAGUGAAGUCAAAAUGUCCAAACAGCCGCAGCCGAUCAGUCCGCUGAAGAACUUCUUCGCCGGAGGGUUUGGGGGUGUUUGCCUCGUCUUUGCCGGACAUCCUCUGGACACCAUCAAAGUGCGUUUACAGACUCAGCCUAAACCCAAACCCGGAGAGAGCCCCCUAUAUGCCGGAACCAUCGAUUGCUGCAAAAAGACUUUAGCCAAAGAGGGUUUGAAGGGACUCUAUAAGGGCAUGGCAGCCCCGAUCAUCGGAGUAACACCCAUGUUCGCUGUCUGCUUCUUUGGAUUCGGGCUCGGCAAGAAGCUUCAACAGAAGACCCCCGAUGACAUUCUUACGUAUCCUCAGCUGUUUGCAGCGGGCAUGUUGUCAGGUGUUUUCACCACGGCCAUCAUGGCUCCAGGAGAGCGCAUCAAAUGCCUCCUACAGAUUCAGGCAUCGAGCGGGGAGGUGAAGUAUGCAGGACCGAUGGAUUGUGUCAAACAGCUGUACAGAGAAUCCGGCAUCAGAGGAAUCUACAAAGGAACUGCUCUGACUCUCAUGAGAGACGUGCCAGCCAGUGGGAUGUACUUCAUGUCCUACGAGUGUUUGAAGAACCUCCUCACACCAGCAGGGAAAAGGUGGUCCACUGAGAUUCCGGUGGGUUUAAAGGAGCUUCUGCAGGGGUACGCUGUGGAGGUACUUCGCCACAGGCCUGCAAACCUGGCUGAAUUUGCAGUGCAGCAUUUCACUUCUGUUCUGGAGAAGCAAAAACAGAAUCAGCGGAUCAAGAAACGAAGCAAACCUGCAAAGAAAGGAGUCACUUUUGAAACUAAUUCGAACAAACCUAAAAAAGAUGAAGAGGAGGAAGAGAAGGAGGAGGACACUGUUAAGUGCACCACUGGUAAAUACAACCGCAGAGUUUCAGUCUGUGCAGAGGCGUACAACCCUGAUGAUGAUGAGGACGGUGACUCAGAGCCACGGGUUGUGCAUCCCAAAACAGAUGAGCAGCGUCGCAGGCUUCAGGACGCCUGCAAAGAUAUUUUACUGUUCAAGACUUUAGAGCAGGAGCAGUUCUCAGAGGUUUUGGAUGGCAUGUUUGAGGUGUUGGUCAAACCACAGGAGCACAUCAUCGACCAGGGAGACGAUGGAGAUAACUUCUACGUGAUAGAAAAGGGUGUGUAUGACAUUCUGGUGCUGAAGGACGGGGUCAAUUUGUGUGUUGGAAAGUACAACAAUAAGGGUAGCUUUGGUGAGUUGGCGCUGAUGUACAACACACCCCGAGCAGCUACAAUCAUCGCCACUGAGGAGGGUGCACUGUGGGGUCUGGAUAGAGCCACUUUUCAUAGGCUGAUAGUGAAAAAUAACGCAAAGAAGAGGAGGAUGUAUGAGACCUUUAUCGAAUCUGUGCCUCUUCUGAAUUCUCUGGAGCUCUCUGAGAGGAUGAAGAUUGUAGAUGUUCUGGGAGCACGAGUGUUCAAAGAUGGAGAGUGCAUUAUAACACAGGGAGACAAGGCUGAUUGUUUUUACAUUGUGGAAUCAGGAGAGGUGAAAAUCCUGAUAAAAAGUAAAACAAAGGCCGGUCAGCAGGACAACACAGAGGUGGAGGUGGCUCGCUGCUCCAGAGGCCAGUAUUUCGGGGAGUUGGCUCUGGUCACCAACAAACCUCGCGCAGCGUCAGUGUACGCUGUGGGAGAAACCAAAUGCUUAGUAAUUGAUGUCCGGGCAUUCGAGCGUUUGCUGGGUCCCUGUAUGGACAUCAUGAAGAGGAACAUCUCCCAGUAUGAAGACCAGCUGGUGGCGCUGUUCGGCUCCAGUGUAGACUUGAAACACUAGGACAGUUAUAUAUGGACUAGUAUUUAAGAGAAGCACAAGCGGCCGCACAUGUAACACAAUCACCUUCAGGUAAAUGUUAGAAAUAGAUGUUUUACUUUUACUAAAAUAUCCUGUUACCUGUGAAAGUGUGAAUUAUCGUUAUGAUUAGAGUCCAAACAUCUGGAGAAAACUGUACAGAUUGCUAAAAGUUUAGUUCAGUGUUUCCUUUUUUCUGAGGACACUUGUUGAAAAAUGACAAACCAUUCACAACAGGUUUCAACUAUCACAAGCAACUCUGUGCAUAAAACAUGAACUUUCCUGACUUUCGUAUUAUAAUGCUUAUUAAAAUAUUGAGUAGAUAAAUCAUUUAGAUUUGAUAAAUCUUUCACUAUACAGCACAAUACUUCAAAUAAUUUUAGAUCAGAGGUAAUACUCAUUUCUUUUCUCUCCUGAAUCUUGUUCAAAAUGUCCUUUUUUUAUUACAAAUGUAUUUGGUGACCUUUACAAAAUCUCCUGCAACCCAUCUACACAAGUCAUUUUAAAAGUCUGAACAAUGAACAAAUACAAAUGAAUUUCUUUCUAAUUGAGGCACUAUUCUUCUGUCCAUUUGUUGUUGGUUGUGAAUACUGUGUACUUAAUGCAGAUCUUUUUUUUUCCAUAUACUCCUUGUAUUAUCUGUUUAGUCAACACUUCACAUGUUCAUACCACAUGAAUCUUAAAACAAAUACAACCAGAAGAGCUACCUAAACUUGAUGGUCUUGCAUAAAAGUGCACAUUAAAGACAAAAAUAAAAGAUUCUAUCUUCAAAAUACAAGUUUCUAGAGUUUGUUUUAUUUGAGUUACAAAAUAUGAAGUGCCAUCAGCACACUCCACAGGAGAGUUUGCCAACCUUCUUGAGUUACAAGUAUUUACACCCAAAAGUCAAAGAUAUCCAUCUAAAUUUCCACACUCUUCUGGUUUUGUCCCAGAGUUUGAGUCUGUCAAGUUCCAUAGUCAAAGUUUAAAUAUUUAAAAUAUUUACAGUGUCCUGUAUCCAAAAACUCCCACAUGAUGUGGAGGUUUGUUUGAUGCAAAGGCAGGUGCCGGAUGUGUGACUGCUUCAGUAGUGUGAGAACAUGAGCAGAGCUGGUGGAAUUAAAGGAACUGUUAAAAGAACGUGGUCCUCUACAGGGUCUCCAUAGUUCAGGUAAUUCUCCCUCCACAAAAUAAAGUCUGGCUGAGGAAGUCUGUACAUAAGUAUUUAAAAUAACAUGUUGAAAUGUCUUUGCCGCCUUUGCAAUCCAACAGCUUAUGUGAUCCUCUGUUGUGAAGAAAAUGAAUGUGACAAUCAU